AUGUCGGAGAGAAAUAACCAAGAGGGCGGCAAUGGAUGUAACAACCAGACUGAAUACCCUUCUACUAGAAGUGAACUACAGGUUCCAGUAAGCUACGUGGACUGCCUUCUGGGCCAGGAACAAGAUGGCCAAAGCAUCAGUUCUUCAACAACAGAUUUCUUCCUUGCCAUACUUGACUACCUUACUGACUAUCUCCUGGAACUGGUAGGCUCUGAGGCCAGCAACAACAGCGUGAUGGAAGACCCUCCCCAAGAUCAGAAUGGAGAAGGCGACAACAACCACCCAGCCUCCAGAAAUCUGAAAGAUAUGCCUUUUGCUCUGUUUGAUGAGAUACCCGGACCCAGGAAGAAUGGUUGA